AUGAGCAGCUACUCAAGACGAAACGAUGCUAACGACAGCUACCUCAUGAAUUCCCAAAUGACAUCGCCCGGCAUUGGCGUCGGCUACAACCACCCAGACACAACGCACGACUUCAAUCCGGGCCCAGCCUCAUACCACUUCCCCCAGCAAUCCUUCAAUCCAUACAGCGGGUCUCAAUUCGGCGUCAGCGGCGGCCCUACAUACGGACAACAGCCCACCCUCACCGCGCAAGGCAUGCAACAUCUGCAGUAUGCCUCCGACCACACCAUCCCCUCCAUGUCGACGUCCGAGGACAUGAAGUUCCACCCGCCCAGUCAUUCGCACUCGCAGUACAUGGCUCAGUCGCGGUAUCUGCAGUCGCCGCGGUACUUGCCGCUGAGGGAGGCCUUUGAGGCUGAGAUUGAGAAUCAGGAGUCGAGGAAUGAGGGGACUAUGCUUUCUGAGGCGGUUAUUCCGGCUUUGGACGGGUUUCCUGAUGUUAAGGAGUUUGAUCAGUUGAUGCAAAGCUAUGUCGACGAUCUCUCCGUGAAAAAGCAAGACAAAGCCCUAAUCCACGCCAAACGAGCGCGCAAUAUCCGCACCGUUCUAAUCGAUCCCAAAGACACGGCCGUUGAAUCUGCUCAGUUUCGAUUCUGGGUUAAAAAGAUGUUCAAGCUUCAGACUGUGGGUGUGGGUACGACUGAGUGCCGGAAAAUGAUCUGCCAUGAAGGCAAACCCGUUGCUAUUCGGGAGAAAUUGUUUAAAAUUCUCACCAAGGCGCAUCAACAAUGUCAGCACGGUGGAAGGGAUAAGACUUCUGCGCAGGUUCGGCGGAUUUAUUCCUGGGUCCCCAAGGAAUUAAUAUCCCGCUUCGUCAAAAUUUGCCCAACAUGCCAAGUCCGCCGCGGCGGCUCACGCCUAACACCACCAAACUCGCGCCGAGGCUCACCACGCCUCGAAAUGAUGCCUCGAUCCUCACCAAAGCUGCCCUCGCCACCCAUCUCGCGCCGCGAAUCGAGCUUCGGCACCCAGGUUGCUCUGGACCGCGCUCAGUCGGAUUACUUCACGCAGCAGAUGCACGGGCAUGGGGGUGGGUGGUCGAUGGAUGGCCAUCAGCAUCAGCAUCAGCAUCAGCAUCAGGUACAGGGACGCUCGGGUCUUCACCACCGCUCUUAUCAUGGGAUGCCGCAUUCGAUUGCGGGGACGUUGGAUCCUUUUUCGCCGGAUAUGGCGGUUCCGCCGUCUCAGUUGACUUAUGGUGGUGGGUAUGUCUCAGCGUCGCAUGGUGCGCAUGACGCGAAGGGGUUUCUGAAUUGA